GUUUAUAUGACCGCAGGCUGAUCUGAUUGGGUGGCUGUAGAAAAAGGAAGUAAAAGUAUCUUUCGUUAUUUUCCUGCGGAGACCAGAGUAGGCGCACAUUUGUUUGUCCACAUCGUGAGAUAUUCGACUCCAAACGUUUUAACUUAAAAGUCUGCGAGGGGAGACAGACAUGUAAAGAUUUCACUUUCCAGAUGUAACGUUACCGUGGACAGUAAUUUGAGCGGUGGCACGCGCUUCCUGGUCUGUUGGGCUCGAGAGAAAAAAUAAAAAAGUCUGCGUGUCCUUCACACAGCUUUAAACAACGCUGCAGACACACAGACAUGGACCAUACACCGCCACAGGACACACCUCAAAGCAAGGGCUCCGUUUUGCGGCACAGGGAACACAGUGAUGAGUCCGCUGACAAGAGGCCCGCUGAAAGCACUGCGUCUCCCCCUCAGGAUGACAAGCGGGCGUUUAGAAGAGUGCGAAGUCCAUCCAGGCCGAGGUCAUGGUCAUCCAGUUCCUACAAACCCAAGUUCGGAGGGCGAUUCUACAGACCUCGGGAUGACCACUCAUUCUACAAACCUGGCUUUAGCAAACAGAGGUACCACCACUUCCAGCCCCGGGGUUACUUCCACCGGCGAGAUCAUUUCCAGCCUAAACUUAACCACAUCGCACUGAGGGAGAGGGACCGAGAGAAGGAGAAGGAGCGGUACGAGCAGAGGGAGAGCACUGAUGGGAGUUCACCCUCUAAACAAAACCCUACUAGGGCUUUCUUACCAAGGUCCACCUCCAGCAGAGACAAGGACGUGCAGUUCAUUGUUUGUCAGAACGACAGGAAUCAAAGCAGGGAGAGAGAUCACAGGGGGACCAAAAGCAAAGAACGAAGCAGAGACAGGGAGCUCCCUUCAGCUGCGAGCCAGACGGUGGCACGAGACAGAGCCAUCCAGCAGAAGAGGAGAGAGAUAGAUGAGGUGUACUAUCAGGAAUGUGAAAUGUUUGGCCUUGUGGCAAAGAUGCUCAUAGAAAAGGAUCAGUCGCUGGAACGUCCCAUUCAGGCGUCGCUGCAGGAGAACCUCAGGGACAUCGGCAAGCGCUGCGUGGAGGCCAUGGAGAAAUUUAUAGAGGACUAUGACUCCAGGGAGCUGUCUCACUAAUCAGACACACACUCAUCAAGCCUGUCUUCCUAACACUGAUCCCACUGGUAAGGGUGUAGGAGAAUUUUAUUUCAGGUGAUUGAACACUGCUUUUGUGUUUGUUUUUUGUAUUUGCUAGUAGAAGUAAUAAGCUCUUAUUAAUACUUUCUUGCCUGCUGCCUGGACAAAGUUCCCCCUCCUCACUGGUGGAAAAAUGAAAGAAAACUUUGACUGUGAUUUGGAAAUUUCAUAUUGCUUAUAAUUUUGAGAAUGUGAUGAUGAUGAUGAUGCCAAAAUACACUGGUUGUAUGUGAUGUUCUGAAGAGGUUGAAAAUGUAUUUUUACAUCCGACUAACGUGCUUAAUUUAUGAUCACUUGCUUUCCAAUAAUUUAAUUUUGUAUACAGCAUAUUAAACAUCAUGUGGUUAAAA